CUCUGCAAUCUGCAUGCUCCUGUUUUUGUAUUCGUUGAUAAAAUGCAUGUGGAAUGUUUUAUAGAUUGAGGGUGAUUUCAACCAUUACACCACGGUAUUUGAUGAUCUUAUAUUGGCAUGCUGCCUGAGUUAUGGUGUCAAAGAAGAGGCAGGAUUAUGGGUUCAGUGGCUAUCGAGUCCCGGUUAUUCCUAGAGCACCUAGAUCAAUUAGGAGGAGAAGCCCACGAAAGAAAUUGGUGGAAGACAGCACAAUUUCUGCAUUUGAAUUACUUGCAGCUGUAGCUGGCAAGUUGUUACAGGAGAGUGAAAGCUCCACUUCGAGUAAUGUGGCUGAAGUGAAAGUGCAUCCUGGCUUUUGUCGAGAUGGUAAAAAGAUGAGGCUGCCUGAAAAUGAUAAAGCCCUGAAAUUGAAGUACUUUGACCAGGGAAGUUGUGCAGAGAGUGCAUUUUUUCCAGAAAUUUCUGUUCAAGAUCGCAAUAUUUUAUCAAAUGUCAAGGAACUUCCACAAGCAGAAAAUGAUUCUAUCUUGGAUCACACUUCUGCGCUUGUGAGUUGCGACUUGGCAACAAGAGUUGAUUAUGAUAUGAAGUUGGAAAUGUGCACGGACAAAAGUCCUAAUGGAACCUUCCCUCGUAAAGUAGAUGGAGGCUCCAAUGAUGUUGGUGAUAUUUAUGAUCCUAAGAUGGACAAUGGACCAGAAAAACAGUUAGUGAAUGAACAAGAGCAGGUAGGUGACUUAACCAUGGCUAACGAAUCCAGUGUAAAAGAUCCAUUUGAGGAAUGUGUGAAUAAUAAUGUACUGAUUAACUCGGAGAGUAGUGUACAGCUUUCCUUGUAUAGGGACUCUAUUCCUGGUGCUCUGUUUCAAAAUCACAGGAAUGAUGUAAAGUUAGGUAUUAUAGAUGAUGACGAAAAUUCUUUUGGGUGCAAUAAACCUUGCACAAAGAUAAGGCCCUUUAGGCUACAACUGUGCAACGGAUACCAUAGAACAAGGAAGAUGCUGACAUCAAAAUACAGGAAAGUAGCUCCAAAAAUCAAAGAUCGUGAAUUUUAUAACUCUAAUGAGGGAAUGAAGUUCUUUUACCGAUGCAGGAAAAACAUUUGCAAAAGAGAAAGAUGUCACUGGGUCCCAAUUAAGAAAAGGAAAUUGUUUGAUCACAGCUUUGAAGUUGCAUAUGACCAAGAGGCGAGCAGUGAAAGUGUCUAUAAUUUACCUGAAAAGAAGAUGAGGGGAGAUAAUAGUAGCUCAGCUUCAAUCUUUCAUAAAGAAAGUGGAUUCUCAGCUUCAGUGAAAGCUCGUCAAAAAUCAAAGGACUCUAAGGGUACCAGAUUCUUCUUCAUAUGGGUUUAUAUGCACUCGCCUUUUCAUUUUUACGCGUAUUUUUGGUUCAAAGAAGUUCUAACACGUGUGUUUUCCCUUCAUUCAGUGAAAUUUAGCAUCAAGUCAUUCAGGGUGCCAGAACUUUACAUUGAGGUUCCUGAAACUGCUACCGUUGGUUCUCUGAAGAGGAUGGUCAUGGAGGCAGUUACUGCUAUUCUUGGAAGUGGACUCCAAGUCGGGGUAGUUCUUCAAGGGAAGAAGGUUAGAGACGACAAUAGAACUCUACAGCAGGCUGGUAUUUCUCAAAGUAGCAACCUUGAUUCACUUGGUUUUGCACUGGAGCCAAGUUUUGCGCAUGUUUCUGGACAGAGGGCUCCAAAAGAUCUACCUCUGGUAUUACAAUGUGAUGCAGCUCUACUAUCAUCUAGGUCUACAGCCAGUCCAAUUUUUGAUUCAGGCAUUUCCAAUGCCGCACUUGAUCCUCCUCUAGUUAUGAAGUUGGACAAUGAUAUUGGUAACAACCAGGAAUUAAUACCCUCCCCAAAGACCACUAUCGAUUCAUUGAUAGAUGGAGUGUUGCCUGACUCCAAGGCCUUGAUUCCAGUUCCUCCAACGAAUAUAGAGGCACUUGCAGUGGUUCCCUUUAACUCAAAAUGUAAACAUACUGAAAUUUCACAGCGCAGGACCAGGAGACCCUUUUCUGUGACAGAAGUGGAAGCCCUGGUUGAAGCAGUUGAAAAACUGGGAACUGGAAGGUGGCGCAAUGUUAAAAUGCGCGCAUUUGAGGAUGCGGAUCAUAGAACUUAUGUGGACUUGAAGGAUAAAUGGAAGACCCUAGUUCAUACUGCAAGCAUAGCCCCUCAGCAACGACGGGGAGAGCCUGUGCCACAGGAGAUGCUGGAUCGAGUCCUAGCCGCCCAUGCGUAUUGGUCACAGCAUCAAACUAAACACGGAAAGCAUCAAGUCGAACCUCUGCAAAUCAUCGAUUCUCCAAGGGAGAUCGUAGGAGCUUGAAGAAGGUUUAUGAUUGUGAAGAUGAAAAAUUUAUGUAGGAAAAUCAAUAUAACCAUGAAUUGUACAAAUAAAGUAUUAUGUCUAAGUUUCAUUUAGAAUUCUUACACUGAUUUGUUGGCUGGCCUAUCAUGGUGACUUCAGAUUGACUGGCUUCUGUAAAUGAUUUGUGGAAUAAAGGUUUAUUUCUAACAA